GCGCCUGAACCAUUUUUGUGUCGUCCAAUAUCGUGUAUAUGGGGGGCCUAUCCGCAGCACAGGAGGCGCUGCUGCAUGAGAUUUUAGCAAAAAUAACAGGAAAUGAAGCGCAUAUACUUCGUAUUUUCUCAUUUUUAUUGGAUGAUUUGCAUUAUUAUCGGCCUAUAUGCUCUCUUUCACCGGAAGAUGCCCUCUGGAGCCCUUGGCAUAGACUAAUAUAUACGCUGCUGCAUGGAAAAAAGGCAGAACAGCGCUGGAUUGGAGCAUGUCUUGUUAAGAUCAGCGUAUGUCAGAACGGGGAAAGUUUAAUUCACCAUGGUACUGUAUGGUGCCAGCGCUUAAUAGCACUUAUCAGUGAAGAGGAAAAGGAUACAGUGGUUCGACGAGCAUGCCUUAGUUUUAUCUAUAUUAUGCUUUAUUCAGAGGGAAAAGCAGUUUGUAUGCGUUCAUUUGUGACGCCAUUUCUUGGGACGUUUUUAAAGAGCUUAAUUGCACUUCCUAGCAGAAAUAUGCUGCUUACAAGUACAUGUAUACGUAGUAUAUUGGAUAUUAUUGAGGUUUAUCCGAGUAUAUGCAGGCCAUUUGUCUCAGGAAUUAGGUCUAUGGGUGUUCGUGCUAUAAAAGAGCAUAAUAUGAAUGAACCAGAUGUUCAAAAGGGACUAUUUCAGAUAUUAUCAAGGUUACAUCUUUGUGAAUCAAAGGAUUAUGGAGGGGAGAAGUGGAAUUCUGGAGUAUUAUCAUGUAUUUUUGAGUUACAUAAUAUAAUUGAUCAUUUUUUUGAGGAAUCAGAGAAUGGGCGAUAUACAUGUUCAAAGGUGUCUGAAUGGGAGCAAGAAGUAUUUUCAGAAGACUUUUAUGAAGCAAUUGAGCAAGGUUUGCAUAGAUUUGAAAAAUACAUGCAAAUUAUGCAGCAAUAUUUAAACCAAUCGACUCCUUAUUAUGUAAAGAUACCGUGUGGACAGCUUUUUUUCCUUAUUUUUAAAGUCUUUGGUAUAAAUACAACAUCAAAUACAAAAUUGAUAUUAGAUAACAAGGAGAAAUCAGUAUUGCUUAUGAAAAUCCCAUAUUUUCAUUUGAUGACAAUAGAACUUUUGACUAUUAUGAUUCAAAUUCUUGGUUCGAAUAUUUUGCCAUAUCUUUCAGGCUUAGUUCUUCAUCUUAGUCGUCUCUUUUCUAGGGAAAAAGAAUUGAUACCAUUAAAAGUGUCUAUAUACAAUGUUUUUAGCACACUUUUUCAGAAUGUUGGAACGUCUUUUUCAUCCAGUAAAUUGAUAGAUGUAGUUAUUCAGGAAGCAUUAAAUGAUCUUAAUGAACUCUUAACUAUUUCACAACAAGUUUCUAUAUUGAAUGAUAAAAAUGAGUCAAAGAAGAAUAAGACAUCAAAUAUAGCACUAAAUAGUUCUAAAUUUCAGAAAGGAUAUAUGGAAAAUGUAACAAAGGCAUCAUUGAACUUUAUUUCUUCUGUUAUAAGUUAUUUGCCUUCAGGAAUACUUUCUUCAGUUCAGAGAUCACUUAUAGACAAAACUAUUAUAUCUGUUGCAUUAUUUCCUAGUCUAAGAAAGAGACUGCAAAAACAAAUAUAUAAUUCAUUGAUAAAUAAUGUUAUUUCACCAGGAAAUACACAAGCAAUCAUUUUGCCACAUGUAAUACGUAUUUUUCAAGAAGCUGGUAAAGAAACAGACAUUUUUACAUACAAAAUGAAAAACUUUAAUCAUAUAAAAUUUUUGACACUUGAUGCUAUUAUACAUCCUAGAUUUCCUCCAUUACAGAGGAGAUUUAAAGAAGAAACAUUAAAAGAAGAAGAAGAUCAUGGUAGAUCAGAAAUAUUACAAAAAACUAAUGAAAUCUAUCUUAAACAUUUAAAAAAUGACAAUAUAUCAAAUAUGUCUAAUAUUUAUCAUAUACAGGACAAUUGUAAUAUAUUAAAAUCACAAGAAAAAGAAGUAUUAAAUAUAACUCAAGAUACAACUUCUCAUUCUACAAUUGAAUCAGAAGAAAAGUUGAAAUUUUCAAACAAACAUAUAUUUAAAACUUUCUUAAAUAAUAAUACACAAAACAAAGAUUUAUCAGAAAAUAUACUUCAACCACUAAUAAAAACUAUAGAAGAAGAAAAUAAUCUAAAUACUAUUCUAAUAAGUAAAGAGAAUGAGUCAGAUAAUUUAUCAGAUACUGAAAUUCCUACAAUUGUUAUGGAAGAUAGUAGUAGUGAAGAAUAAUCAAGAUAAUUCAAUUCAUUCAUAUCGAAUUCAAUUCAUUCUCUUAUAUAGAGAUCAGUUAUUUCAGGAAUAUCUGUAAUUUGCUUAUUAAAUAUGGGAAAAUCUUUCAAAACAUCAUCCCAUGAUAUUAAUCCUUCUGAAAGCUCUUUAAUGACUCUCAAUAUUUCUUUUUCUGAUGCUCUUAUUUGUCUUGUUGUAUCUCGUUCUCUAAGGGUUAAACUAUGAAACAUGAAAGAAGGCUAAAUCACUUUUAAAAAUAUACCUUCCAUCAUUUACUGUUUGGAAAUCAACUGUUAUUCCAAAUGGUGUACCUAAUUCAUCAUUUCUUGAAUAUCGUCUACCAAUUGCAGCAGAAGAAUCAUCAACUUUGUGAGAUAUCCCAAGUUGACGCAAUUCAAAUGCUAAUCAUCAUUAAUAAUAUUCAUAAUAUCAAUCUAAUAUUACAUAAUUUAUCAAUAAUAGGAUCAAAUGCAGAAUUAUUACUUAAUGGAACUAAUAAACAUUUGACAGGUGCAACUAUAGGUGGAAAAGAAAGAACCUUCUAGUAUUAAUAUGUUGAUUAAACAUUUAUAAAAAGAAACUUACACAACGGUCAACAUCAUCAGAUCUUAUCCAAUAAGAAUGUUCAAUAAGAGAAUAUAAAAUCCUUCCAAUACCAAAAGAAGGUUCAAUUACAUUAGGAAUAUACUCGCGAACUUUAAAAAUCAAUCUUAAUUAAUAAAAAUAUAGAAAGGUACCGCUAAUUGUCUUUUUAACUUGUUCAAUUGUAAAUAAUGAUGAUGGAAUUUCAAAUUCUCUUCCAUCCUCUACUUUAACUACAAUUCUACCUUCUGAUGCUGCUUGAUCACGAUAUCUUAUUUUAUCUUCAUUACUCCAACUAGAAAUAGCUUGUUCAACAACUUUUAAAUCUUUUUUAAACAAAGGACCAAUCUUUUUCUUAUCUACAUUAACAACCCAUUCUGUAACCUCCAUAGGCUUCGGUAAAAGCUCCCUAACAACAAGUUUUUCCUUUGUCUUCUCUGAAUGAACUGUCAAAUCAUAUGCUGCACGGUCUGCACAUCCAACACACUCAAUCCAUCCCUAUAAUAAUUAAAAAAGUUUAAAAAAUUACCUAAAAUUCACAUAUGACGUUAGCAAUUCCGCAUCCCAGCAAUCACUAGCAUAAUGUGCCAUUUCAUUAUUCAUAUGUUGUCUAAAUCUAAGCUUUUCCUUGUUCAUUCCAAUCCUAAUCAAGAAUAAAUGUAUUCGUGCAAGAAAAUAUGCCAAUGUAGUAUUCUCUAAGAUACCCUAACAUACAUUUAUCCUGUUCAAUGUCAUUCUACACAUCUUACUCUUGCUACUGCUUCUCCAAUCUUCAUCUCUAUAACCUCUUCUUUACCAGACAUUUGUAUUUCCCUUGUUAAGAAUUUCAUUUUGACAUUUUCUACCUCAUUAAAUCGUCUAUGAUCCUUAUUCAAAGGAUCUACAUAGUGCUCAAUCUCUGCCAUUGUAAAUUCCCUCAUCCGUAAUAGUCCACUCCUUGGACUAAUCUCAUUUCUAAAACUUUUACCUACAACCACUGAUGCAAAUGGCAUUUUGCCAUUGUUAAACUCUA